AUCCCUAGUCGCGCCUUCUACCGAAAGGAGUGGACAGCGGAGCAGGUGCAGCGCUCACUUGCGGAGGCUGCCGGAGACUACUGUGUGAAAUGCCCGGUCGUUCGGUUUGCAGACCUCUACUCCCAAGGACCGAACACGCAGGUAUUCAUGUAUUCGUUUGAACAUCGGACAAGCGGAUGGACGUGGCCGGCCUGGACUGGUAUAAUGCAGGGCUACGAAGCAGAGUACAUCUUUGGGGCGCCAUUGAACAUCAACUUCCAGGAACAGUUCUACAAGUUCAACGAUGAUGAACGUCAGCUAAGCGAGAGCAUGAUGCAAUUCUGGGCCAACUUCGCCGCCACUGGGUAA